UCUGAGGCUGUUGGUACAACACGCUAGCAGCUGAUAAAUUCGACUGUCGUUUUGAUUCGCGCUUGCGCACAAAAUCUGGGUGCGCAAUUUCACGUUGUCCGCUCUGAAUAUCAAACUCCAUAAAUUCCGUUAUCAAAACAAUCAAACAAAUUCUUCGUCACUUUAUAAAAAGUCAAAUAUCAAAAGCUUCAAUCUCGUAAAUUUUAUUUGAACUUUUUCUAUACUUCCGACAUUGUAUGUCAUACAACUAUUUGUUAAAAAAAAUUGGCCAAUCAAGUUCAUGAGAAAAUUUUGUUCAAUUUUUUCGUCUUUAAGAAUUGAUAUCAUAAUUCCGUAAAGUACAUAAUAAAUUCAACUGUAAACACAAUUGGCGUGCAUGAAUUAUAUUCGUUCAUAAUCUGAAGAGGAAAAUUACUUAUACUUAUCUAUAUAGCAAUAAAUUUUCUAUUCGGUUCAUUCAUUAUCUUUAUUAUUCAUCAACGUUGACUACUUAAAUAAUAAUUGGAAAUGUUCCAUAUAUUUAUAGCAUGAAUAUGUUACAAUGUUUUCAAAUUUACUACAAUAUAUGUGAAAAAAGUAUACUCUCUUCAGCUCUGAAGAUGCCGCGCGCGCCUCUUAUCCUAAUCACCGUCAGAUAGAGCGACAAGUAGAAGAGUUGAAGAGGAAGGAUUAGGACAAUGUAGAAGAGAUUAGAGCACACGUGCAAAAUAGAGAGAGAGAGAAAUUGAUAAUUAGACUUAAUUAAAAGUAGCCUAAAUAGUAGUGCGUAGAGAGAGCGAUAAUAGUAAAUCUUAAUUGCCGUUUCUUUAUUUACAGGUAAGAUUGUAAAUAGCAAAGUAGCAUAAGUAGAUAUAAUAGUUGUAACAAGAGCGAAUAAAAAAAAUCCCUUUCUUUAUUUACAGAGAAACAUAUUUUCGUUUGCUUUAUCCUCCCGAGUAAAAAUUGUCCAUUACAUAUAUAUUUCAUACGACAUUACACUAAUAGUAAACUAUAAUAAACUUUUGAAUGUUCUGUAGGCAAGAAUACAAGAUAUUGCGGAUUCUCAACAACAUUGGAACAACGCUAGUGAAUUUUCAUUGGAUCCAAUAGUACCUGAAGACGGUAAAAUAAACACUUCAAGACUUCUUACUGAUGAUAAAACAAUAAACAUGUCAAUCACACAUAAUAUACUGUGCUGUCAUGCAGAAUGCGAAGGGAAUGAGAAUCUAGAAAGUGAUAUCGAAAAUGCAUGGUUAUAUGAGGAUUAUGAUGAGAAAGAAGUUUCGUUUGACGCUAAAGAAUCGCCAUUAAUCAGGGAAAACCCUAGCAACGGUUGUAGUGAUGUACACGAAAAGGUAUGAAUAAAGCUUAAGUAUAGAACAAAUAAAAUUUUUUUUAACUAUAUUAUUAACUUAAAUUAACUUUUUUGGGGUCAACAUAAAAUAAAUAUUGCUGAUGAUAGUUAUCGACAACGUCUUUAUAAUUGCACAUCUGUUACUCGAGGAGGAGCACUGUCAAUGACUCUUCUGUUAGGAGUCGAAGAAUCGCUUACGUGGAAGACUAUCACAUCAAUAUUAUCAAUGAAUAACACGCUGUUCGCCAACAAUGUGGUUCCAGAUACCAAAUAUCAAUUAUUCAAAACAUUACACUUGAAUGAAAAUAAUAUUUCAUAUCAUUCAAUUUGCGAUCAUUGCUUAUUUUACUACGGAGAUAAAAAAAAUCAAAUUUUGAAGGAUUGGUUUGUCCGAAUUGUAUAAAUGUUAAUAUAUCACUUGAUAUUUCAUAAUAUAUAACUCUCGACAUGAAAGUACAAUCAAAGAUGAUAUUGAAUGACCCAGAAGUACAGAGAAUACUUCUUGAACUUUUCGAAAGUACUGAAAAUGGUUCGGAUAAAGAUGCGAUUGAAAAUAUAACUGAUGGAGAAGUUUAUACAAAAUUAUCAACAGCGCAAAAUCCUUUAUCAAGUGAAUUAAAUUUUUCGUACACAUUGAAUGCAGCUGGUUGUCAAUCAUUUGAAUCCAGUAAAUUCACAACUUGGCCGAUAUAUGGGGUAAUUAAUGAAUUACCCCCAAAACUCCAAAGAAAACAUAUGAUUAUGCCUAGUAUAUGUGUCAAUAAUGAGGAACCAAAUAUGCAACUUUUCUUAAAACCAUUUGUUGAUCAAGCAAAUGAUUCAUCUGAGAAAAGUAUUGAAUGGACAUUAGACGAUGAAAUUGUAAAAAGUAGAUUCAUUGAAACUAGGCUCAAAAUUAUAUCGCGAAAGUGUAUCCAAAUGUGCUAG